AUGAAGACGUAUUUUAUAGCUGAUAUCUCAGCCAAUCACGAUGGAGAUAUAGAGCGUGCUAAACAACUUUGUACUCUAGCUAAAGCAGCGGGUGCAGAUGCAGCUAAGUUCCAACACUUUAAAGCUGAAACGAUAGUUAGCGAUCAAGGAUUUAAAAGAUUAGGUGACGAUAACAAUAGAGUUGGACCAGAUCAUCCAUUUUCAAUGAACCCAGUUACAUGGAAGCAAAUGGUAGACCGUACACGUAGAUUAGAACUAGCAUUAGGCUCACCUAUUAAAAAAGUAGAGGAUAAUGAGAAGGAAACAGUUGUGUUACAACGUCGUUCAAUCCGACUUAAAGAAAAACUAAAACCAGGUCAUACUAUAACCAAAGAUGACAUUUAUUAUGUUCGUCCUUGCCCAGAUGAUGCAUUACCAAUCCACAUUAACCCAGUAGGCAGAAUGUAUGACGCUUACUUAGAUGCAAACGAUUACUUAAGAGUAUAUGAUAUCAAGUAA